AUGACUCUAACAGCCCAGGAGCUAAGCAACUACUUGGCUGAUGCCCCUCCUAGCGUCGUGAGACUUGAGAUCAAGAAGCACUUCGACGCCUUGUCCGCCAAGCAGAAGCGCUAUGCACACUUCAUCAGCCAGGCCUCUUUCGCUGGCAGGCGUAUAGUUCUCAGACAGGUCUCGCCAGAGGCUGAGUCCAUCUAUGAUUUCAUCAUUGCCCUUCACAAGAGCACCGACGGGGACUGGAAAGCUCUUGGACAGAAGGCGGGUGUCUCUGAGGCCGACGUCACGUCUUUCCUUGAAUACGCAGUCCAGUUCCUGGGGAACAGCGGUAACUACAAGAGCUUCGGCGAUUCCAAAUUCAUCCCACGAUGCAAGGAGAGCGAUGUAGCUGCUCUGGCAGCCACCUCUCCCGAUGCGGAACGCCACUACAAGGCCACCAACGGCGCAAUAUUUUCUACGGACAAGCCGGGCCUACUUCACCUAGGCUUCCCCGAUGACGGGCAUCUGACAACCUACUAUCCCAACUCCCCAGAUAUCACCAGGGACGAGAUAUCCGCAAUCUCCAAAUGGAUGGAAUCCAAAGGCCUCCUGCCGGAGAACACCCGCUUACAGAAAGGUACCAGUGGUGUUUUCGAGCUUCUGAUUGCAUCCGGCCAGACCAAUGUCCCGCAGAACGGCGGUGAUAUUGGCAAAGACACCGAGUUCCAGAUUGAGGAUGGUCCGCUGAAUGGAAAGACCGUGAAGCUGGUCUACGGCGACUACUCCAAGGAAAUGGCAGAGAUCGCCAAAAACAUCUCCAAGGCCGGCGACAAUGCCGACAAUGACACGGAGAAGGAUAUGCACACGGCCUAUGCAAAGUCAUUCGAUGAAGGCUCCUUGCUGGCCUUCAAGGACAGCCAGAGAUACUGGAUUCGCGACAAGGGCCCAAUGGUUGAGUGUAACAUUGGAUUCAUAGAGACCUACAGGGAUCCUGCGGGAACCAGGGGCGAAUGGGAGGGCUUCGCUGCCAUUGUGAACCAGGAGCGAACGAAGGCUUUCGCAGGGCUCGUUGCAGCUGCCCCUGGCCUUAUUCCCAUCCUUCCCUGGUCAAAGGAUUUUGAGAAGGACAAAUUCCUUUCCCCAGACUUUACUUCGCUCGAGGUUCUCACAUUCUGCGGGUCCGGAAUCCCGGCUGGCAUCAACAUUCCCAAUUACGAUGACAUCCGGCAAACCGAGGGCUUCAAGAACGUUUCCCUAGGCAAUGUACUCAGUGCCAAGGCUCCGAACGAGAAGAUCCCGUUCAUUCGGGACAGCGACCUGGAGCUGUAUCAGAAAUACCGCGACGCAUCGUUUGAGGUGCAGGUCGGUCUACACGAGCUCACUGGACACGGAUGCGGCAAGCUUCUCCAGGAGACCUCUCCGGGGCAGUUCAACUUUGACAAGGACCACCCUCCUAUCAGCCCUCUGACGAACAAGCCAGUGACCACCUGGUACAAGCCGGGUCAGACCUGGGGAUCCGUCUUCGGAGGCUUGGCUGGUGCGUAUGAAGAGUGCCGCGCUGAACUGGUAGCCAUGUUCCUGAGCUGCGAGUUUUCGGCUCUGAAGAUCUUUGGUUACGGCGACGGCAAUGUGGACAUGGAUGGCGAGGCUGGUGAUGUCCUUUACGCCUCCUACCUGAGCAUGGCGCGGGCUGGCCUGACGUCGGUCGAGUUCUGGGAUCCCAAGGGCCAAAAAUGGGGACAGCCCCAUUGCCAGGCUAGAUUCGCCAUCCUUAGAUGCUUCCUGGAAGCAGGUGACGACUUUUGCAAGCUUGUGUACAAGAACGAUGACUUAUCAGACCUGACCAUUCACUUGGACCGCUCAAAGAUCCUGACUACGGGUCGCAAGGCUGUCGGUGAUUUCCUGCAGAAGCUGCACAUCUACAAGUCGACCGCCGACGUCGAGGCUGGCACUGCCUUCUUCGCUGACAAGAUGUCCAAGGUUGGGCUCGAAUACUGGGGAACUACAGUCCGAGACGUGGUGCUCAAGAACAAGCAGCCCAGGAAGGUCUUCGUGCAGGCCAACACGUAUCUCGAUGAGGCAACUGGUGAAGUCACCUGCAAGGAGUACGAGCCGACACUUGAGGGUAUGAUUCAGAGCUGGGCGGACCGUGAGGUCUGA